AUGACCCCCAACGACAAGCCUACAGAACCUACAGAGGACAUUCAACCCAGGCAAAGCGAUGUCCUCCGACGGCCAUCCCUCGUCUCGACGCGGACGCUCUCCGAUUCCGGCCGACGGAUCUCAUCCCAACAUGUUCGCUUCUCGACCGAUCUCGAUCGCGAGUCCGUGGAGGAACAACGACAGACAAACUGGGACCGACGCCCCAGUUCCCGCGGCUUAACAAUCGACACGGCGCUGGCGCCUCCGUCGGCUCGACCUCCUCCCUCGCCCACCUCUCCGCUCUCACCAUCCAGUGCCGCCCAAAAUGCAACCCUCUCCCCUGCCUCCCCGACGAGUCCUGAGUCAGCCGGUCGGGCUCGGUCACGAAACCGCGGAUACUCGCUUCGUCGCACGAUCUUCAAUAAGGCUAUAAAUCCGACGGUGGAAAAGGAUGAUCUCGCUCUGGCUGAGCUGGGCGAGGUCAAGGAGCCGGCUUCCGAUGUGGCUCCGGCUUCGACACCGGCUGGGGAGACGCUCACUUCCGCCGAUGAGAAGCAUGCGCUGAGCGUUGCACCGACGGCAACUCUCGAUUCGGGUCAUAACGAGGAUACAAUCACUUAUCUCUCGUCUGAGCCUUCAGAGAAAGGUCUCAAGGAGCAGUUUUCCAGGUCUCAGGUCUACGGGAGUUGGGCUCGGAAAAAGGCAGCUACCUCUGUCGCUGUCGCGCGCUUCCAGGCCGUAAUGACGUCCAUUCAGAAAUUUGUCUUGCGCAUCAAGGAUAUUCCACCAACGAAAGAUGGACGCCACAUUGACUUGAAUCCUUCCAUGGUGGAUACCAUGCUCGAUGAGCGCACGGGGAAGCCCUAUAUUGGCAACUCUAUUCGAUCUAGCCGAUACAGUCUCUGGAGUUUCUUCCCCCGCCAAUUCUUUGCUCAAUUCACCAAAGUCGCAAACUUCUACUUCUUGGUGGUCGCCAUCCUGCAGAUGAUCCCUGGCUUGAGUACGACUGGAACUUACACGACUAUCGUUCCACUUUUGAUCUUUGUUGGUAUCUCGAUGGGCAAGGAAGGGUUCGAUGAUGUGCGCCGAUAUCGCUUGGACAAAGAGGAGAAUAAUCGGGAGGCUUGGGUACUUCGCCCAGGCCACGGGAAGGUUCAGGACGGCGCCUCCAUUAUCAGUAACUCGCAAGACUGGGAGCGGAUCAAGUGGUCUGAAAUCAGGGUUGGCGACGUUAUCAAACUUGAGCGCGACCAGCCCGUUCCUGCUGAUAUUGCUUUACUUCACGCCAGCGGACCCAAUGGUGUCGCUUAUAUUGAGACGAUGGCUCUCGAUGGCGAGACUAAUCUGAAGAAUAAGCAGGCUUGCCAGCCUGUGUCCAAGGUGUGCUCGACCGUGGAGGAUAUCACCAGCAAUUCCCUGCAUUUCGUCGUCGAAGAUCCGAACUUAGACCUGUACAGAUUUGACGGCCACGUCACUGUCAACGCUCAGGAGAAGCUUCCUCUAACUAACAACGAGAUCGCGUACCGCGGCAGCGUUCUCCGCAACACUGACCGUGCCUUGGGUAUGGUGAUCUACACCGGCGAGGAGUGCAAGAUUCGCAUGAAUGCCAACAAGAACCCGCGCAUCAAGAGGCCUGCUCUCCAGGACAAGGUCAACCGCGUCGUGAUGCUCAUCGUGGUGUUGGUCGUCAUGCUGGCCGUGAUUUGCACGGUGUCUUACAAGUACUGGUCUCAGGACGUUGAACAAAAGUCCUGGUAUCUUUCCGAUGCCAGUGUCGCUUACGGGCCGAUCUUCACCUCGUUCCUGAUCAUGUUCAAUACGAUGAUUCCCAUCUCGCUCUACGUGAGUAUGGAAAUCGUCAAGGUCGCCCAAAUGCUGCUUCUGAAUGAUAUCGACAUGUACGACCCAGAAACCGAUACCCCGCUGGAGGCGCGCACAUCUACAAUCAACGAAGAGCUCGGCCAAGUUAGCUACAUCUUCUCCGACAAGACCGGUACCCUAACCAACAAUUCCAUGCGCUUUCGCAAGAUGAGUGUGGCUGGAACGGCGUGGCUCCACGAUGCUGACCUUCAGGAGGAGGCUGCCCGCGAGGGCGACCAGACCAAGUUGAUCCACAAAAAGCGCAGCAACAAAGGGAAGAAGGCGAUGGGUCGCAAGUCCAAUGUUUCUGAGGCCCAGAUGCCCCGCCCGUCCAACGUUUCUGGGCCUGCUGAUGCUAUCCGCCAGCCUGGCCGGUCUGCCACUAUUUAUCGGACCGAAGAGAUGCUCGAGUACAUUCAGCGCAAGCCAUACACCAUUUUUGCCCGAAAGGCGAAGUUGUUUAUCUUGGCCAUGGCCCUUUGCCACACAUGCAUUCCCGAAGAAGGCGCGAACGGAAAGACCACUUUUCAGGCUUCUUCACCGGACGAACUAGCUCUUGUUCUCGCAGCCCAGGAUCUCGGCUAUCUCGUCGUGGAUCGUCAGUCCAACACGCUGACUAUCCGCACACUUCCCAACGGACCUGAUGGAGCCACUUCUGACGAAAUAUACGAAAUUAUGGACGUCAUCGAGUUCUCUAGCGCACGGAAACGCAUGUCUGUCGUCGUUCGCAUGCCUGAUCAGCGCAUCUGCUUGUUCUGCAAAGGUGCCGACACCACGCUGAUGCGUCUGUUCAAGCAAGCUGCACUGGCUCACGAGAAAGCGACCGAGAUCGAACGACGUGCCAGCAAACGCAAGAACGCCGAGAUGAAUCAGGUUAUCCGUCGCAACAGCGAACACCAAAGCCGCAAGGACAGCGUCGCUCGAAGCAGUAUGACCCGACCUAGCUUCACUCGCCAGCGUUCGUCGAUUACGGGCCAACAGGGCUUGGCUCUCCGUGCUAGCAUUGAUGUCUGGCUACGCGAUCGGGAGACAGAUGGCGGUUUGCUGAACAGAGAGACUGAUAGUGAAUACUACAGCCCUCGACCUUCGGCGCAAAUGAGCAGACCUUCGGCUGCCAUCUCCGACUCCGGAAGCUCUACGAAUGGGGAGGAUGAGGACGAAGAUCUUGUGGAGGAGGCGCUGGUUGUCAAUGAGACGGCUAUUUUCGAGCGCUGCUUCCAGCAUCUGAACGACUUCGCUACUGAUGGACUGCGCACUCUGUUGUAUGGUCAUCGGUUCUUGGAUGAAGCUACCUACACGACCUGGAAGACUGCCUAUAACGAGGCUUGCACCAGUCUCGUUGACCGUCAGCAGAAAAUUGAGGAGGUUGGUGAGCAAAUUGAACAGCAGCUGGAGCUGACAGGCGCCACUGCUAUCGAGGAUAAGCUGCAGAAGGGUGUCCCCGAGGCUAUUGACAAGCUGCGACGAGCCAACAUCAAGAUGUGGAUGUUGACAGGUGACAAGCGUGAAACCGCUAUCAAUGUCGGUCACUCGUGUCGUCUUGUGAAAGAGUACUCAACUCUGACCAUCCUCGAUCACGAGAAUGGUGACGUCGAACAGACGAUCGUGCAUCUUAUCGGAGAAAUCACCCGCGGCCGCGUCGCACAUUCUGUGGUUGUGGUCGAUGGCCAGACGCUCUCGACCAUCGAAGCUGAUGAUGUUCUGCGCGAGUUGUUCUUCCAGCUGGCUGUCAAGACAGACUCAGUCAUCUGUUGCCGAGCCAGCCCGAAGCAGAAAGCGUUCUUGGUGAGAACAAUUCGCAAACAUGUCCACGACGCAAUCACGCUCGCCAUCGGAGACGGUGCCAAUGAUAUCGCCAUGAUCCAGGAGGCCCAUGUGGGCAUCGGUAUUGCCGGAAAGGAAGGCCUGCAGGCAGCGCGUAUCUCAGACUAUUCAAUCGGGCAGUUCCGCUUCCUCCUCAAGCUACUUCUGGUGCACGGCCGCUGGAAUUACAUGCGUGCGUGCAAGUAUACCUUGGGCACGUUCUGGAAGGAAAUGCUAUUCUACCUGACUCAAGCGCUGUACCAGCGCUGGAACGGCUACACUGGCACCAGUUUGUACGAACCGUGGAGUUUGAGUAUGUUCAACACGCUCUUCACCUCGCUGGCUGUUAUUUUCCUGGGAAUCUUCACCAAAGACCUCGCCGCAUCGACCCUGCUUGCCGUGCCAGAGCUCUACACCAAGGGCCAAAGGAACGGCGGCUUCAACAUGAAGCUAUAUCUCGGUUGGUCUUUCAUGGCCACCUGCGAAGCAGUGAUAAUCUUCUUCACGAUGUGGAGUCUCUAUGGCCUCGCCAGAGUCAACAUCAGCGGAAACGACACCUUCGCCUUGGGUCUUCUCACUUUCUCCGCCUGCAUCAUCGUCAUCAACCUCAAACUCCAAGCGCUAGAAGUCCACAACAAAACCUACAUCUCCCUCUUCGCCAUAAUAAUCUCCGUCGGCGGCUGGUUCGUCUGGGACAUGAUCCUCGACCGCGAAUACACCAUGGCCUCCGGCAAAGGCGUCUACUAUGUCCCCGCCAACUUCCUCCAGCACUCCGGCCACAAUCUCCUCUUUUGGGUCGUCCUUCUCCUCUGCGUCUCAGCAGUCCUCCUCUUUGAAUUUACCGUCUCAACCCUCCGUGCCCUCUUCUUCCCGACGGACGUCGAUAUCUUCCAAGAAUACGAACAAGACCUCGAAAUCCGCAAGCGCUUCGAAGAAGCCGCUGCCUCAGAACUCCAGCAGGGUUGGGAUCACGGCACCAAGAAAUCCAGCUUCGAAAUUGCGCGUGAGAACGCCGAGAUCGCUGAACUCGACGCCCGCGAACGCCAGGUCCGCGAGUUACUCGCCCGGCCGCGCGUUAUGGAUACCAAGCCCGCGACGGACGAGCUGGAGCUCGAGGGGUAUACCAGUGCCAGCGCAACUGCUAGUCAAAACGGCAGCGCGCCAAGUCGCACGGGUAAUGCGGAGCCGGAACGCGGUCGACAGCCCUCGCUUCUUUGUCCCGAAGACGCGACGGGUCGUCGGCGGUCCGUGGAGAUCCAGGAGCUGUUCAGUAAGGGGUAUGGUGUUGUACGGAAGGGCCAGUUGAAAUGA